UUAUCAGCGUCACAGCUUGCGCGAGAGCGCCGAACAGGAGGAAGUGCGAGACGCCGCCACAGCCGCUGCACCUAGCUUGAGAUUAAAGAUGGUUAAAGUGACUUUUAACUCGGCUCUGGCCCAGAGGGAGCCCAAAAAACCGGAGCCGGUCGGUGCCGAGGAGAGCCUCCUGCCUGAUGACACGGACGUGGAAAAUGGGCAGCACGUUUGCCGUCGGCACCCCUGCCUGAUGUCUUUGUGUGUGUUUGCCAUCCCCUUGAGCUUCGCUGCGAUCAUGACCAUACUCCUCAUUUUCGUGUUCGGGCCCCUGGGGGUUUUGAAACCACCUGCCUUCACAGACCAGGACUACUACUAUCUAGAGACGAUGACACCACCUGUCUUAACAGACCAGGACGACUACUAUCUAGAGAAUUGGUGCGGGACACCAGAGAUGUCUUACUACGACGACUGGGAGAGCGUGAUGGACUAUGGGUACAGCGACAGCGAGGAGGCGACGUCUGAUCAACCACAGUUCCAUUUCAUGGAGGAGAAAGUGUGGAUACUGGAAGACGACAACGUGGAGCUCAUCAAGGUGCCAGGGCCCAAGUUCCCCGACCUGGACUCGGCAGACAUCGUCCACGACUUCAACAAGAGCCUGAGUGUCUUCGUGGAUUUCAGCGUGAACAAGUGCUACGUGGCCCCGCUGAACACGUCCGCCGUCCUGCCGCCCAGAGAGCUGAAGGAGCUGGUCGCCAACAUCACGGCCGGCACCCACAUGCCCCAGAGCUACCUGGUGCGUGAGCAGUUGGUGGUGACAGAACAGGUGGACGAUGUGGAAGUGUUUGGCUCCUUCAUCUUCAAUAAGUGCCAAAACUACGAGACGUACAGGCUGGAACGCAGAACCACCGCCACCGGCAUCCAGAAGCGCGAGGCCCUCACCUGCCGCAAGAUCCACCACUUCGAGAACACGUUUGUGAUGGAGACGCAGAUCUGUGAGCUUUAGACAGAGCGAUGACGCUUUCCAGUCCAAACCUUCUAGAGUCGCUUUCCUCUGCAUUUAUACUCGCCUUACUCUCCAAGGUCUGCCAAUAAAACCAUGUUUAAGGUUAUUUACCCUUUUGCACAAGUGCAACUCCAAGUUAAAGGAAUAAUUCAGGUUUUCAAUAAGCUGCUUAUUUAACGCUACCUGGCAGUCUUUACAUCUUGCAGUAAUUAAUUGCACUAGUGUUGCUCUUUUGCGGGUUUGGGGAGAAAACAAAAAAUAUUUUUUUGAAAACUGAAAGUCUGCAUUGUGCACUUUUUGCAGAUCUGUUGAUUUGCACUGACACAGUUACUACCUGCACAUUUUUCAUUUUGAAAUUCAGUGCUUUUCCUUCAGACCAAUUUCCUGACAGUAUUUGAAGAUUUGUGUAUAUUUAGUCCUCCUUAAAUGUAUCAAAAAUAUUUCUUGCAAGUUAUUUCAACUUGCAGAACGACAGUGAGUGUACAUCCCAUAUGAUGUUUGUCUAAACAGUAUUAUUUUCACACUUUCUGUGCAAUUCACAAACUUUCCAAGACCUGGAAAUAAUCAGUUACACUUUCCAUAUUUUUAAUCCUCCACUAAAUGACCUGCAAACAUUUGGAUGGAGUAGAGUCUGCAUUAACAAUAAAUCAAGCAGGCUUCAGUAAAAAAACAAACAAAAAAAAACACACCAAAAAAAAAAAAAGAAAUAUCGCUUUAACUUGUUUUAUUUUUCUAUUUUGUGGAAUGUUGUCUGUGUAGCUACUCGGUUUAAGGGUGGAACUAUGUUACUGUGUAUGGGUUUCAAGUUUUGAUAUGCAUUCUCAGGAUUUUUUUUGUAUGUUGUCGCUUGUAAAAACAAGCUGGGGCUUCACAAACAUGUUAAGAUAAAUCUUAAUAAGCUUCACUGCU